CCCCAACUCCUCUCUCUUCCUCAAAUCUCUCUCUUUUAACCUCCACGAGUUUCAGAGAGAAAACAAUGGCUAUCAGCAAGAAAUCUAACAAGCUGCCUCAAACAGCAGUGAUCAAGCAAAUCCUGAGGAGAUGUUCCAGCUUGGGAAAGAAGCAAAGCUAUGAUGAACAAGGUCUCCCUUUGGAUGUCCCAAAGGGUCAUUUCGUUGUAUAUGUUGGUCCAAACCGGAGCAGAUACAUUGUUCCCAUCUCUUUCUUGACCCGACCCGAGUUCCAAACCUUGCUUCAUCAAGCUGAGGAAGAAUUUGGGUUCCAUCACGACAUGGGCCUCACCAUUCCUUGUGAUGAAGCUGUUUUCCAGUCUCUAACAUCCAUGCUCAGAUGAUUCAACUGCUUACAAUUGUUUAGGGUUAUUGAAAAAAAAACCUUCGUUGGGAGAAGAUGAAGCUGCUCCAUUGCUUCUCUCAUUACAUUUUUCUCCUCUCCCUUUUUAUUUUUUGCUUGAGUUGUUAUGUAUAACUCUGACCCAAAAACCCAUGAAAUAUUAUUUAAUUUAUCUGGGUUUUUUAGAUUUCUAAAUCUGAGGAAGUUUGAAAAUUUUCCUCACUGAGGUGAAGUACCAAUGUAGCCUAUGAG